UAAGAACGCAAAGUUGUAACCGGUCCCAAGAAAUACAAUGAAGAAGAGUCCUUUUAUAACCUCAUUUGGACGACGAAUUUCCAACCAUUUAUCUCGCGCUAUAAUUAAAGGCAUGCCUUCUAUUUUAAAACCACCUGUCGAAGUGGCGGGCCUUAAGGAAUUGGAUAAGCAGAAGUUUGAAAAGAGGAUUGAAGUGCCCGUGCUUAAUGUUAGGAAUUUGAAAGUGUCCUCCGUAUUGCCGCACGUAAAAAAGCACCUCUUAAAGCUCGAAAAAUUCAAACCGGUUAAAGAUUCUUUGGUAUUUCUGAAUCCAGAGUUGGUUAACCAGUGGUCUGAUAUUCCUGAAGAAAUCAGGCAGAAUUUGGAGGGACAUAACUUAAGUGAAAAUCACUUAGAGCGUCGCGAAAUCACGUUAACGUAUGAAAACUAUAGUGCUGAAACAGUGUUUCGAGCUGUCUUACCACAAGAUAAAGAACAGACUUCUAGUUUCACUAAAGUGGGUCAUAUCGUCCACGUAAAUUUAAGAGAGCAUCUAUUGCCCUACAAGAAAAUCAUAGGCCAAGUUUUAAUUGAUAAAAUCUCAGGCUGUAAAUCUGUUGUUAACAAAGUAAAUGAAAUAGAUAGCACAUACCGAAAUUUUCAAAUGGAAGUUCUGAUAGGUGAACCAAAUAUGUUGACGGUUGUUAAAGAAAAUGGCUGCAACUUUGAGUUUGAUUUCUCGAAAGUAUAUUGGAACUCUCGGCUAUCUACUGAACAUGAAAGAAUAGUUAAAAUGCUAAGUCCAGGUGAUAUUGUUUUCGAUUUAUUUGCCGGGGUAGGGCCUUUUGCAAUACCUGCCGCUAAAAAUAAGUGUACCGUUUAUGCAAAUGAUUUGAAUCCCCACUCCUUCCAGUGGCUUAUACACAAUAAGAUCAAAAAUAAAAUUGACGAUAGCAAUUUAAAAGCUUUCAAUAUGGAUGGUAGGGAUUUUAUCAGGUCAGUUUUCAAGGAAAAUUUGUCAAAAUACGUAGAACAUAACAAUUUUGUUAUAAUGAAUUUGCCCGCAUUAGCAGUGGAAUUUUUAGAUGUUUUUGUGGGGUUAUUUGAUCAAAAGGAGCUGCCACCCAAUUUCAAGGCGAUUAAAGUUUUUGUUUACUGCUUUGCCAAGGGUGAAAAUCCUCUAAAAAUAGCCCGAGACUUGGUAGAGAGAAAUUUAAGUGGACAUGAGGUGUCGCAAAUAAUCUUGGAUAUUUUUAAAGUGAGGUCCGUAAGUUCCAUGAAAGAAAUGGUGCGACUGACGCUACAAUUGACGCGGGAUAUCUUGGUUGGAAACUGCGUCAGAAAAAGGCAAAAAGAAAUGGACCAACGCAACUCUGAUUCCAAAAAAAUUCACUUGGACCUAUGUGUUUUAGACCAAAAUGGGCAAAAACAAGAAGAAAAUCAACAGCGCGUUCAAAGUUGCCGGAGCAAAGGGCUUGAAACUGAAGGCGAAAGCUAA